GAGGCACACCAAGAACGACGCCCCAUCCACCUUUGACCCGCGGGCAGUUUCCAACCACAACAGCGUAGAGCACCACCCCGUUGUUAUCAACCAGAGCGUAUUCCCUGCCCAAGGCUUGCAACAAAUACCCGGCGAGGUCUUCUGCUGCGAGGGCGGUCGUGUUCCCGAUCAUCAGUCGGCACAACACACACAAACACAGCUGGGCGUUGCGGCUUGAAGAGCCAGUACCUUGCGACGGGCAGAGGCAAUGUCGCGGCGAAUUACCUUCUUGGGGGUGAUACGGUUUACGGACCGGGUGCUGGUGGCGGGAUACUCUCCGUCGGAGGCAGAUGACUCCCUUAUCAUCAAGGAGCUUAUGUCCAACCCGGACACGUUUGUGGAGCCUCGCAAGCGCUACUCCGUAGAGGGCCGCAUGUUCUCUAUCCACUUUGUCGCGGACGACAGCAACCGCAUCUACAGCUGCGUCACGGACAAGGAGUACCCUGCGAGAAUCGCAUUCACCCUGCUGGAGGAGGCACAGACCAAGUUCCUCACCAAGGUGGGGGACAAGUCGCUCACCGCUAAGGAGGGAGGCUUGUCGCGCACGAUGAAGUCAAGCUUCUCGGACCUGUGCAUCAAGUACGACGACAUCCGUAACGUGGACCGGAUGGCAGCUGUACAGGACAAAGUGGACGUUGUGAAGGUGACCAUGCAGGACAACAUCCAGCAGAUGCUCGCCAACGAGGAGCGGCUAGACCAGAUCAGCGAAAACGCUGAGAACCUGAACGAACAGGCAAAGGUGUUCCAAAACCGCUCCUCCGCGCUCCGGAGGCAGAUGAGGUGCAAGGCGAUCAAGAUGUGGUUGUUGCUGGCCUUGGUGGUGAUCAUCCUGCUCAUCAUCAUCAUCGUGCCAAUCGCACUGCACGCCAAGAACAACAGCGACUAGGGGGCCAAAGUGGUGUGCACGGGGCAUGCAUGUGGUGCACUCACUGCAUGGCGCCCGUUUCUCCAAUGUAUAUCGUCGGCGAUAAACCUGAAGCCCCGUGUUCUAGGCGGAGCGUAGCAUCCAGUGAAACAUGUUGGUAGUUUCUGGGCGUCUGGCACCGCCCGUGAUCGAUUUAAAGUAUUCAGAGAAAAGCGAAGGUUGCAGUGUCUUUAGGCAGCUGGCUGGGUUGCGUGAAAGCGAAGGGGCAUGGCGCUCUAAUUGCCCGAUCUUCGUUUCGAUCUGCUGGUUUCGACCAGGAAAGAAGUGUGCGCAGAGGGGAAGAAGUGUGGCCUACCGUCGUAGCAGAUGUGGGCGUUUGGUUCACGGCAAAGCUUUUAGACGUCUCCCGGCGAACAGGCGAUCAGCGCGCCGUGUUGCUUUAGUACCUUUCGUGUUACUUCCGUGUAGGGCGUAGCAUCCAUGCACUCUCGGACGGGCGCAGCCGAUAAUGAUGUUGUGUGCUAGCUACUGCAUUCAGCGGAGUGAUGUGUUGGCCGGCGACGCCGAUGCGAUGUGGCACCAGCUAAUUGCACUGCUGUAGCAUAUGAAUCCUGAUUCCAGCAGUCCGUGACCGGUAUAUUAUUUCUUGUUUCUGUCGCCUUUGCCUUAGGCGAGGGAUAAUAUCACCACGUCCAGUGGAACGAGGCUCGACGUCUCCUCAUGAGCACAGGAAGCAAUAAUGUGGGGAGGGGCGCGAGGAGGCCAUUGCUUGAAGUUUAACUGUCUGCGUUUGUAUUAUACAGAGGGGAAGGACGCUGAUGUUUGGCGUGCUCCUGGAGAACCAAUGGACCAGUGUGCAUGUCAAGUUUAGAUCAACAAGAAAUUUUGAUUCAAGGCG